AUACUUAAGGAAGAUGGAAGUUUUAUCGUCUGCAGCCAUACAACAACAUCGAACUUCAGAGAUUCAUCAAUGGAGUUCAUCGAGGAAGAAGAAUCAUACUUCCCUGUCAGCCCCACUGGCCAAUACUUCAACAGCUCGGUUCUAUCCAUCGGUGUUCUUGCUGUGUUGGAGUCUGAAGUUCCCAUUGAUGAUUCCCAGACCAUUCCUUUGAUUAAUGAUGUUUUUCUCCCCAUUAAUCCCAGGUUUUCUUCCAUUAUGGUUAUAGAUGAGAAUGGUGAUAAACAAUGGAAGAAAGUGGAAGUGAAGCCCAAAAACCAUAUAAAAGUGCCAGUUUUCCCAGAAGGGAAAUCAGCUUCCUUCUACGACGAUUGCUUCAAUGAUUACAUAUCCAAGGUUGCAAUGGAGCCUCUUCCACCAACGAGGCCAUUAUGGGAAAUUCACAUCGUCAAAUACCCGACGACCAACGCCGCCGGGAAUCUCGUCUUCAAGCUCCACCACGCGCUCGGCGACGGCUUCUCUUUAAUGGGGGCGCUUCUCUCUUGCCUGCAGAGGGCCGACGACCCUUCCCUCCCGUUAACUUUUCCGGCGUUCAAGGAGCCCAAAAUGGGGCAUGACGGAGAGGGAAUCUGUAAAAGUGUGCCCAGACUUCUCUCCGGGAUCUUCAACACCAUCUCGGAUUUUGGGUGGAGUUUGAUGAAGAGCACUUUUCUUGAAGAUGACCGGACCCCCAUCCGCUCCGGCGACGACGGAGUGGAGUUCCGGCCCAUUGAUCUUACUACCGUCUCCUUUUCUAUUGAUCGAAUCAAGCAAAUUAAGGUCAAGCUUGAAGUGACGAUUAACGAUGUGAUUUGUGGAGUAAUAUUCUUGGGGACUCGAUUGUACAUGGAAGCAACCAACCAAGAGCAAAGAAAUGGGAAUGCCACUGCCCUAGUGCUGCUCAACACCAGGAACAUUGGUGGCUACAAAUCCACCAAAGAAAUGGUGCACCCAAACAUGGAGUCCAAGUGGGGAAACCAGUUUGCAUUCAUGCAUGUUUCUGUCCCACAAUUGCCUCAUACCAACACCUCAAACGCCCUCCAUUUUGUAUCCCAAGCUCGAGAAAUCAUCCACCGGAAAAGAAAUUCCUCCGCCGUUUUCCUCACCGGAAAAGUACUGGAUGCUCUGCGUAAACACCAGAGUCCCGAGGCCACGGCUAAAUUUGUGCAUAGCACCUUGAAGAACUCUAGCAUGACAGUAUCAAAUAUGAUUGGACCAAUUGAGAAAUUGGCUUUGGCUAAUCAUCCCAUCAAAGGCAUUUACUUCAUGGUUGUUGGUGUUCCACAGAGUCUCACAAUAACAAUGGUGAGCUACAUGAGAAACCUGAGGGUUGCAGUGGGAACUGAAAAAGGACUCAUAAAUCCUCAGAAGUACAAGGAUUGUAUGCAGUGUGCCUUCGACAUGAUUUUCGAUGCUGCCGUAGGUUCUGGUGUGCAGGAAAAUAAUGCUUUUAAUAAUUUAUACUAAUAAAAUACAUUUAUUUUUCUUUAUUUAAUAUUCUUUCCUAAUAUAUCUAUAUACUUGAAUUGUAUAACAGAUACUUUUUUUUUCCUAUUGGUUGUAACUUGUAAACUUCAUUUUCUUAAAAUCAUAUAUGCAUAUUGGUUGAUGUUCUGCAA